CUAUAUAAACUCUGAGCCUCUAGCUUGAAGCAUCAUUCACAAAAUCCCUUCUGUUCUAAGAAAUAGAAGUUCUUGAGUUGCAGGAGUGAAAUUUUCUCGUGUUCCGGAAAUGGCCAAUUUUUGGCCUCACCUGAUUUGUGCCUUGGCUUUGUGCUUGAUUGCUGCUAAUGUAGCUGCUGAAGACGAGCCUCACAAUCCUAAUACUUUUGCAUCCCCACCUUUUCCAUCAUCACUACCUCCUUAUUACUAUAAAUCACGGCCACCGCUCCCACCUUUUCCAUCAUCACUACCUCCUUAUUACUAUAAAUCACGGCCACCGCUCCCACCUUUUCCAUCAUCACUACCUCCUUAUUACCAUAAAUCACUGCCACCGCUCCCACCUUUUCCAUCAUCACUGCCUCCUUAUUACUACAAAUCACUACCACCGCUGUCACCUCUGGCUCCAUCUCCAUCUCUUCCUCCGUGGUAUUACUACAAGUCACCACCACUACCUUCACCAUCACCCCCUCCUCACUACGACUAUAAAUUACCUCCUCCUCCAUCACCAUCUCCUCAACCUCCUUAUUACUAUAAGUCCCCACCUCUACCAUCUCCUUCCCCACCUCCUCCUUACUACUACAAAUCACCACCACCACCUUCUCCAUCCUAUUACAAGUCCUCACCUCCUCCAUCUCCAUCUCCUCUUCCACCAUACCUCUACAAAUCCCCACCACUACCUUCUCCAUCACCCCAACCACCAGUCUACUACCACAAGUCACCACCCCCUUCCUCUCCUUCACCUCCUCCACCAUAUUACGGUAGAGUCCUAAGCUGCAGGAGGGAACUUUUCUGGUGUAUUGUUCGAGAAUUUCCAGAAAUGGCCAAUAUUUGGCCUCACCUGGUUUAUGUGUUGGCAUUGGGCUUGAUAGCCAGCUCCAAUGUAGCUGCCGAUGACAAGCCUUACAUUUAUGCAUCUCCACCUCCACCACCAUAUGUUUAUAAGUCUCCACCACCACUUUAUUAUCAACGCGACUUUCCGCCUUAUCGCUAUAAAUCACGUCCACCUUCUCCAUCACCACCACCACCACCGCCAUCACCAUCACCUCCACCCUCUCCAUCACCUCCCCCUCCUUAUAAUUACAAAUCACCACCACCUCCUUAUAUUUACAAAUCUCCUACUCUAUCUCCAUCAGCUCCUCCUUCUUACGUUUAUAAGUCUCCAUCUUCUCCAUCAUCCUCACCUCCCCCUCCUUACAUUUACAAAUCCCCACCACCACCAUCUCCCUCACCUCCACCUCCAUAUGUUUACAAAUCCCCACCUCCUCCAUCUCCAUCACCUCCUCCUCCUUACAUCUACAAAUCACCUCCACCACCUUCACCAUCACCACCUCCUCCAUCACCAUCACCUCCCCCUCCUUAUAUUUACAAAUCACCACCACCACCAUCUCCAUCACCGCCACCCCCUUAUGUCUACAAGUCACCACCCCCACCUUAUCGCUACAAGUCACCACCCCCAUCCUCUCCAUCACCACAUCCUCCAUACUACUACAAGUCUCCACCUCCUCCAUCUUCAUCUCCGCCAACACCUUACUACUACAAAUCACCACCACCACCUUCUCCAUCACCUCCACCUCCUUUCUAUUACAAAUCACCACCUCCUCCAUCACCAUCACCUCCCCCUCCUUAUAUUUACAAAUCACUACCACCACCUCCUUACAUUUACAAGUCUCAACCUCCUCCAUCUCCAUCACCUCUUCCUCCUUAUGUUUAUAAGUCUCCACCUCCUCCAUCACCAUCACCUCCCCCACCUUACAUUUACAAAUCCCCACCACCACUAACUCCCUCACCUUCACCACCGUAUGUUUACAAAUCCCCACCUCCAUCUCCUUCACCUCCUCUGCCUUACAUCUACAAAUCACCCCCACCACCUUCACCUCCUCUGCCUUACAUCUACAAAUCACCCCCACCACCUUCACCAUCACCACCUCCUCCAUAUGUCUAUAAAUCUCCACCUCCACCAUCUCCCUCACCUCCACCUCCCUACUAUUACAAAUCGCCACCGCCUCCAUCACCAUCACCUCCCCCUCCUUAUAUUUACAAAUCACCAUCACCACCUCCUUACAUUUACAAGUCUCCACCUCCUCCAUCUCCAUCACCUCCUCCUCCUUACGUUUAUAAAUCUCCACCUCCUCCAUCACCAUCACCUCCCCCUCCUUAUAUUUACAAAUCUCCACCACCACCAUCUCCCUCACCUCCACCUCCAUAUGUUUACAAAUCUCCACCUCCUCCUUAUAUCUACAAAUCACCGCCACCACCUUCACCAUCACCACCUACUCCAUAUGUCUAUAAAUCACCACCUCCUCCAUCACCAUCACCUCCCCCUCCUUAUAUUUACAAAUCACCACCACCACCCUCUCCAUCUCCACUUCCUCCAUAUGUCUACAAAUCCCCACCACCACCUUCUUCAUCACCUCCGCCUCCUUACAUUUAUAAAUCCCCACCACCUCCAUCCCCAUCACCUCCUCCUCCAUAUGUCUAUAAGUCUCCACCACCACCUUCUCCAUCGCCUCCCCCACCUUAUUACUACAAAUCACCUCCACCGCCUUACAUUUAUGCAUCUCCGCCUCCACCACCUUAUUACCAGCAUGAGUAUCCGCCUUACCGCUACAAAUCACCACCAUCACCACAUUCUCCAUACUACUAUAAGUCCCCACCACCCUCAUCACCAUCUCCUCCACCUCGUUACUACUACAAGUCUCCACCUCCUCCAUCUCCCUCUCCGCCACCACCUUACUACUACAAAUCACCACCUCCACCUUCUCCUUCACCACCAUCUCCUUAUUUCUAUAAAUCACCACCGCCACCAUCUCCAUCUCCUCCACCUCCCCACUAUUACAAGUCACCACCUCCUCCAUCACCAUCACCUCCCCCUCCUUAUAUUUAUAAAUCACCACCACCACCUUCACCAUCACCACCACCUCCUUACAUUUACAAGUCUCCACCUCCUCCUUAUGUUUACAAGUCUCCACCUCCUCCAUCACCAUCACCUCCCCCUCCUUACAUUUAUAAAUCCCCACCACCACCAUCUCCCUCACCUCCACCUCCGUAUGUUUACAAUUCACCACCACCACCAUCUCCCUCACCUCCUCCUCCGUAUGUUUACAAUUCACCACCUCCUCCAUCUCCUUCACCUCCUCCACCUUACAUCUACAAAUCACCACCACCACCUUCACCAUCACCACCUCCUCCAUAUAUCUAUAAGUCCCCACCUCCUCCAUCACCAUCACCUCCCCCUCCUUAUAUUCACAAAUCUCCACCACCAUCUCCCUUACCUCCACCUCCAUAUGUUUACAAAUCUCCACCUCCUUCAUCUCCUUCACCUCCUCCUCCUUAUAUCUAUAAAUCACCACCACCACCUUCACCAUCCCCACCCCCUCCAUAUGUAUAUAAAUCCCCACCUCCUCCAUCACCAUCACCUCCAACUCCUUACAUUUAUAAAUCCCCACCACCACCAUCUCCAUCUCCACCUCCUCCAUAUGUCUACAAAUCCCCACCACCACCUUCUCCAUCACCUCCGCCUCCUUACAUUUACAAAUCCCCACCACCACCAUCUCCAUCACCUCCUCCUCCAUAUGUUUAUAAGUCUCCACCACCACCUUCUCCAUCACCUCCCCCACCUUAUUACUACAAAUCUCCACCACCACCAUCUCCCUCACCCCCUCCACCCUACUACAAGUCUCCACCUCCACCUUCUCCAUCACCACCACCUCCAUACCAUUACUAA